AUGAGAGAAAAACUUUCAAAUAAAGCAAGUCAUCGUAUUCAAGCACAGCCUAAAAUUACAAACAAUGCCGUCAAUAUCAGUAUGCAGAAGCUCAGUCCAUCUUAUCAGUCAUUGAACGAUUUCCCAAUUAUGACAAACCGUGUACGUGAAAGACAAGGACAGAGCAUGAAACCAACUACAUGGCAGAGAACAACACCUGUGGUGAAUACCAACCCUGUGGUGGAUACACAUCUUGCCGAAGCUUAUCUUAACAGGCCAACGCCAUCUACUGCUCUUGUAACAGAAACAUGGUUAAAUUCAAAUAUUAGCUUAAACAGUCAAAACUACAAAUGCUACCGUGUAGAUCGAUCUGAUCAAAGAGGUGGUGGUGUAGCAAUUUUAAUUAAGAAAUCAAUUCAACAUUCUCUCUUGCCCAUUGUGGGUACUCGUUACGUAGAGAAUGUUGGUGUAGAGAUUAGAAACGAAAGCUAUAUUAUUGGAGGUGACCUGAACUGUAGACAUAGAGAUUGGGGUUGUAUUCGUGCAAAUUCAUGGGGUAAUGUUCUUUCUAGUAUGUCUUCCUUGUUUCCGUAUUCCAUGUUGUAUCCGUUUAGUCCAACUUAUUUUCCGUCUGGUUCGAGAGGCAGUCCUUCUGUUCUUGAUUUGUUUAUAACAAAUAUUCCUUCGUUUUUAAGUCAACCUGAAACUAUCAACGAACUAAAUUCUGACCAUGUUCCAGUUUUUUGUAAAAUGCAUGAAUCAGCAGAAAAUAGAGUUAGUUAUUUUUUAGAUUUAAAUAAUGCUAAUUGGAGUCGUUUUAAGUCAGAAAUAAGAUCCAAACUUAGAACAACUUCUACUGAUUUGGAUAGAAUAUGCUCAAAAGAAGACGUUGAUGCUAGUGUCCAGACCUUUUCUAAUCAAAUACUUGAUUCAGUACAGUCAUGUGUCCCUAAAAGAGUAAAAAAACCAUUUCUUAAUAAAAUGCCGGAACAUAUAUUAGAAUAUAUACGUAUACGAAAUUCCUUUAAAAGGCAAUGGCAACGUUACCGUUUACCUGAAUAUCGAAUUCAAGUCAAGCUUUACGAUAAAAAGAUUACAGAUGAAAUUAAUUUGCAUCGCAAUAGAAAAUGGAAUAACACCCUUAGCAAUCUAGACAAAAAUGCAAAGCCUUUCUGGAAUAUUGCUAAAAUCAUUAAAAAUAAAAAUAGGCAAAUACCUAAUCUUGAAAAUUUUGAUGAAAUUGUCUACCAAGAUUCAAGAAAGGCCGAUGUGUUUGCAUCAACAUUUUCAAAAAAUCAUUUAGUGGCACAACAUCUUAGUGAUGACGCUACUAACCAACUGUACUUCCCAAAGACAUGGAAACAUGCAAAAAUAAUACCUAUUCCAAAACCAGGAAAGCCUGCAAAACUUGCAACCAGCUAUCGCCCGAUAAGCUUGUUAAGUUGUCUCAGUAAAAUACUGGAAAAGGUGCUUAAGAACAAAAUAUUAAAGAUUGUUGAUGAAAAAAAUAUUCUUCCUAACGAACAGUUUGGAUUUAGAAUGUUUCAUAGCACUUCUCAUCAAGUUUUAAGAGUCUGCGAUCACGUAAGGAAAAAUCGAAAUCUUGGUAAAUCGACAGGUCUUAUUCUACUUGACAUCGAAAAAGCGUUUGAUACUGUAUGGCACGAUGGGAUUGUGCACAAAAUGGUAUGUUUAGGUUUUCCAGUGUAUUUAGUAAAGAUAGUUCAGAGUUUCUUGUCCAACCGAUGUUUUAAUGUCUUUGUCAAUAAUAUCCCGUCAAAUUCUUAUCCUGUUAACCAUGGUGUACCCCAAGGAUCAGUAUUGGGUCCUUUCUUGUACAACAUAUAUACAUCAGAUAUUCCCAGAUUACCAGAAUGCCAAUUAGCAAUAUUUGCUGAUGAUACUGGCAUCUUUUCCUCGCAUGAGUUUAGUCUCAACAUUGAGACAAAUUUAAGACAUGCGCUGGAUCUGAUGACCAAAUAUUAUACAAAAUGGAAAAUUAAGCUGAAUUCUGACAAAUUACAAGCUAUCUUUUUUAGUAGAAAAAGAAAAUCUUGUUUUCUUCCUAGCAAUCAGCUUAAUGUCAAUGGUGUAAAUGUUAUGUGGGAAUCGAGUGUCAAAUACCUUGGGAUCUAUUUAGAUCAGAAACUAGCCGACCCGCCCGUUGCAUAG